AUACAUUGUAGCGGAGUGCGAAAGUUCCCCGCGUUCGGAGGAGUUCAGGGCAGUCGCAGUUAAAGGGCAGCGCUUACCUGGAAAUGUGAUUCGCCAAGUCCUGUCAGGGUCCGAGCGGGGAAAGUGCCCGGUCACCACCGAAGAGAAGUCUCAAGAAGGCGGUUAGAGGCGGCACUGCCGCGGCCAGCCCGAUAGAACUUACAGGAAGUGAGACUCGUGGAGGACCCCGUUGCUGUGCUGCGGUUGUAUUGAAGCUUUGACGGCUCUCGCGCGUAGAUGGACUUUCAUUUUUAUUGUUAAUUAUUUUGUCUGUUACCGGGAUCGCAAUUACAUGAUCGCCUCUGGCCGUUUGUAACGUAAUUGCGGGCGGAAGGUAGAGGGCAGGGCCGGCUGGUCUAUUGGGUAAUUCUAUUUCCCGUGUACCAUGGCUUCGGCGGGUGUUAUGUCUCCGGCCGCAGCCGCUGCCAAUGAUUACUACGAGGAAGAAGAGCUCGAGAGUGCGGAGGAAGAUGAUGACCGUAGCUUUAGAGGACGGGACUCCGAUGAGGAUACAGAGGAUGCCAGCGAGACCGACUUGGCAAAGCAUGAUAGUGUAGACUAUGUGGAAAUGAAAGAACAGAUGUAUCAGGAUAAGCUUGCAUCUCUCAAGAGACAGUUACAACAACUUCAGGAAGGCACACUACAAGAAUACCAGAAACGUAUGAAAAAGUUAGAUCAGCAAUAUAAAGAGAGGUUACGAAAUGCUGAGCUUUUCUUGCAACUGGAAACUGAGCAGGUAGAAAGGAACUACAUCAAGGAGAAAAAAGCAGCUGUUAAAGAAUUUGAAGAUAAGAAGAUUGAACUGAAAGAGAAUCUUAUUGCAGAACUGGAGGAAAAGAAGAAAAUGAUUGAAAACGAGAAGUUAACCAUGGAGCUGACAGGCGAUUCCAUGGAAGUGAAACCUAUCAUGACCCGCAAGUUAAGACGUCGACCCAACGAUCCUGUCCCCAUUCCCGACAAAAGGCGAAAACCCGCACCUGCUCAGCUUAAUUAUUUGUUAACGGAUGAACAGAUCAUGGAAGAUUUAAGGACAUUAAACAAGUUAAAAUCUCCUAAGAGACCUGCAUCACCAUCAACUCCAGAGCAUCUUCCAGCAGCUCAAGUAGAAUCGCCAGCCCAGCGCUUUGAAGCUCGAAUAGAAGAUGGGAAGCUCUAUUAUGACAAAAGAUGGUACCACAAGAGUCAGGCAAUAUACCUAGAAUCAAAAGACAAUACAAAAAUCAGCUGUGUCAUCAGUUCUGUGGGAACUAAUGAGAUCUGGGUGAGGAAAAGUAGCGACAGCACAAAGAUGAGGAUCUAUCUGGGUCAGCUGCAGAGGGGUUUAUUUGUCAUCCGCCGGCGUUCAGCAGCGUGAAAGUGGCCAGACUCUUUAACAACAAGGAAAACAAAUUAUCCAUCAGCACUGACCAACAAGGAUUGGUGAACAUUAACUUAUUGGGUCUGCAGUAAGGAAUGCUAUCAGCUGGUCCUUGCAUAUAUAAAAAGACUUUAAACUAAUUGUCAAGUGGGGACAGUUGAAUCCCAUGGCAGACGUAUAGCUUUGAACUUGGAGACAAUUCCUCAAGAUUGAUGGACUUUGAUCGGAAACCGACUUUACUCAGUGAUUCUCUUCAAUAACCACAUUGUCUUAUAAAAUGUAAAGCUACUCAGAAAUCUUGUAUUUCGUAUAUGAUGGUGUGGGUCCCAGGGCCCAUUGCCCUGUACGUUUUUUUGUUUUUGUUUUGCCAUAUAUAUAUAUCGGUCCUGUCACACAUGUUGGCCCUUUAUUUUUAAACAAAAUCUCUGCCAAAGUGAAACUUAAAAAGUACAUAUUGUAUUUUGUGUAUAUUUUCCAUUUAAAAUGACCCCCGUUUUUAUUUAAUAUAGCAUUUGCCUCCACCCUACACUGUACUGGGCAAUUUUUGCUUUUGACGUACAAUAAAAUUAAUUGGCAUCUGCUCUUAAUGAAAAA